AUGGACGACUUGGAGAGCCUCGAGCUUCUGUCGCUCGUGUCCAAGGUCACGUCCGAGUUGCAGAACCACUUGGGGGUCAGCGAAAAGACCCUCGCCGAGUUCAUCAUCGCCCAACGAGUAGAAUGCGGGUCAUUCGACGAGUUCAAGCAGAAGUUGGCCACCAUCGGCGCCGACUUCCCGCCCAGCUUGGUCGAGAGUAUCGACAGACUUGUCCUGACCUUGCACCCAAAGUUCAAGGGCCAAAAUCAUGGACAGACCCGCGCCGAUGAAAACGAGAAGCAUGGUCAAUCUGCCGAGGAAAAGACAAAGGUGUUCAAGGGUCUGUCCAUCCCGGACAAGGAGGUGGAUGUCAUCGACGACACCCUGGCAUUGCUUGAGAGCCUCGAGCCUAAGAGAGCGGAGAAAGAACGACCUAGGAAACGAAGCCGUACCCCCGAACGAGACGACUAUGCAGACGACUACGGGAAGAGGAAGCGCAAGGAGCGAUACCGGUCAAGGUCGAGGUCAAGGUCGAGGUCAAUUUCGCCACCAAGGGGCCGACGGAAGGGCCGAUAUGAUGAUGAAUACGAUGGUGAUUUCCGACGGCCACCACCGCGCGAGGUGGACGAAACUCCCAUUCUAUACAAGGUUUACGAAGGCCACGUCACGGGAAUCAAGGACUUUGGUGCCUUUGUCAACCUGCAUGGCGUUAAGGGCAAGAUUGACGGCUUGGUGCAUGUAUCCGCUUUCGGUCAGCGUGUCAACCACCCUUCGGAUCUCUUAUCCAAGGGUCAGGAAGUCAAAGUCAAAGUCAUUAAGCUCGAGGGAGGUAGAGUAGGUUUGUCGAUGAAGGACGUAGACCAAGAGACGGGCAUGGACCUCGCACCGCAAUUGCGGAUAGGUUCGGGCGCCAAUAUGGAGGCAUUGGGCGGGAGAGGAGGAUACGAUACAAAGAAUGUUGUCACCAAUGGCUUUGGUGACAAGGGAGCAUUCCAAGCGACAGCAAAUGCCAGGCAACACAAAAAGAGGAUGACGUCUCCUGAAAGAUGGGAGAUUCGUCAAAUGAUUGCGGCAGGCAUUGCUAAGGCAUCCGAUUACCCAGAACUUGAAGAGGACUACCAGGCAACACUCAAAGGCGAGGGACAGAUGGAGCUUGAGGAGGAUGUCGAUAUUGAGGUUCGAGACGAGGAACCUCCGUUUCUGGCUGGACAGACCAAACAGUCUCUCGAGCUGUCACCCAUCCGCGUUGUUAAGGCUCCCGACGGGUCCCUUAACCGCGCCGCCAUGGCAGGCACCAAUCUUGCCAAAGAACGGAAGGAACUGCGGCAGCAGGAGACUGAAGCUAAAAAGGCAGAGGAGAAAAAGGUUGACUUGUCCUCCCAAUGGCAAGAUCCUAUGGCCAACCCGGAGACCAGAAAGUUUGCUAGUGAUUUGCGCAAAAACGCUCAAGCGGCACCAGCGGCUCCCGAUGCUGUUCCUGAGUGGAAGAGGGCCGUUGCACCCAAAGAAGUGUCGCUAGGCAGGCGCACCAACAUGAGCAUCAAGGAGCAACGAGAAUCUCUCCCCGUCUUUGCCUUCAGAGAACAACUGAUCACUGCUUCUGAAAUGUUGCCUACCACAAUCCCCGAAAUUCAGCGCCAGAAUCUGUCCAACACUAUCCUUAUGCUGAAGGCUAUGGGCAUCAAUGACCUUCUCCGGUUCGACUUUAUGGACCCACCUCCCGUCAAUACUAUGCUUACAGCCCUGGAAGAGCUCUACGCCCUCGCUGCGCUGGACGACGAAGGUCUUUUGACACGCCUUGGAAGAAAGAUGGCUGAUUUCCCAAUGGAGCCAGCCCUUGCUAAAGUUCUUAUUGCCUCUGUGGAAAAGGGCUGUUCAGACGAGAUGGUGACUAUUGUCGCCAUGCUCAACCUCCCCAAUGUCUUUUAUCGCCCCAAGGAGAAGCAAGCUCAGGCGGACCAGAAGAAGGCCAAAUUCCACGAUCCUCAUGGAGAUCAUUUGACCCUCCUCAACGUCUACAACUCGUGGAAAAACAACGGGUAUGCGAACCCUUGGUGUUUCGAGAACUUCAUCCAGGCACGUUCUAUGCGACGCGCCAAAGAUGUGCGUGACCAGAUUGUCAAGAUCAUGGAUCGCCACAGGCAUCCCGUCAUCAGCUGUGGCCGUGAUACCAACAAGGUCCGGCAAGCCCUUUGCGCCGGUUUCUUCCGCAACGCGGCUCGCAAGGACCCUCAAGAGGGUUACAAGACGCUGAUCGAAGGCACGCCUGUGUAUCUCCAUCCCAGCUCGGCGCUCUUCGGCAAGCAAGCUGAGUGGGUCGUUUAUCACACCUUGGUCUUGACCACCCGUGAGUACAUGCAUUACACAACCAGCAUCGAGCCGAAGUGGCUGGUCGAGGCCGCACCGACCUUCUUCAAGAUGGCGCCGACCGACAAGCUAUCGAAGCGGAAGAAGGCUGAACGGAUCGAACCGCUGUACAACAAGUACGCCGGCGCGGACGAUUGGCGUCUUAGUGCGCAGAGGAGAGGCGGACGUGGUGGUGGUGGCGGUGGUACUUGGGGUUAAGUUGUCAACUUGCUGGAUCAUGUUCAAGCGUUGCAUUGGUUGGUUAAAACU